GAUUCCUCUUUCUUGGCUAAAUUUGGCUGUUGUGGUUGAGUCUCGAUGCAUAUAUGAAGGCGCUAGGGGAAGUUAUUGAACACACUGUGAUUCUCUGGGAAACUUCCUUCUAAUACUUUCCAGACGCUCUAUGCUGACGAUUAGUACGGAAGAAGCUUCAUAGCAAAUCCUUAUCAACAGACUUGUCAUUCUGAAGAUGUGUGUGAGGAAGUGCUCCCAAAUUAAUGGCCUCUGCCUAACUAUCCUGGCCUUACUAUCUGUAACGUUAAACCUUUUCCUCCUCUUCCCCAACCUUGAUGGGUCCUAUCUGAAAAAAGAUCAGAUCAGCAUCUAUGCUAGGAGGAUGCCAGGAGUUUGGGCUGGUGGAUUGAUGGUGCUUCUGGUCGGUAUACAAUCCACAGUUGUGGGUUUUAAGGUGAAGAGACUCUCCUGCUUUGGCACAUGCUGUCAUAUGCUGUUGUCUGGUAUUUUCUCCAUUCUAGCUAUGGCUGGAGCUGCAACUUCCCUUGUCAUCUCUGCUGCUGGAUUGUUCAGUGGUCCAUACUGCUUGUACCAGGUGGAAGGUGAAGCAACACCGCAGUGGGGUUAUCCUUACAUAACCAUUGGAGUUCCAGUCUUCAACACUAGCACAUCACUCUCCUUACCCAACAUCUCCACCAGGACGAAAGCCUGCAUUGAACCACCAGAUAUAGAGACCUGGAACUCCCAUUUCUUAAUAUCCCUGUGUCUAAUUAACACAUUUCAGCUUGUCCUGUGCCUCUCCCAGUUGGUGAAUUCAUUCUUAGGCAUGCUUGUUGGAAAUUGUGACCGGAAAAAGGAUUCCCCAAUCACCUUGUGAGUUAGGUCUGUGACAUCACUCCAGCUUCUCCCUUGAUCAGAGCUUGUUACAUAGCACAGCCGUGCCAGGUUCCGCCCAGUGAUGAUCUGGUAGGAUUCCGAUGUACUGCCCAGGACAGCAAUGAAGAAAAGGAAGGUCUGCCCUGUGAAUUCAUCAUAGAUUGGGCAUGGAUUCAUUGAGCGAUGUCCGGGCAGACGGGCUCUGUCCACUGCGAUCAUGUCCUCCCACUGUGGGAAUAUUUAAUUCACUAUGUCUUUAUGUAAUUGUAUAUUGUUAUUUAAUUAAAUUAUCAAAUUAUUACUA